AUGAUGAUGUGGUUAUUACUAUUUACUAUCCUUACUUUUUCAAAUGCAUAUGAAGACUAUUCUGAUGUACUUGACAACUUUGAUGAAUUAUUAGAUUUGGAUGAUUUUGAAGAUUUCUAUGAUGCCAUUUCUCCAAAAUCUGCUUCUGUAAAAGGAAGAAUGAAAAAAAUUGCUAAGGCUGCAAAAAAGAGGGUCAAAAAGUCUACUAAAAAAGUUGUCAGACCUUCUCAAAAAACUAAUCUAAACAAAACUAAUAAAGCAAAUAACCAACAAGCCGUUCAACCAACUAAUAAAGUAAAUAACCAACCGGUUGCUCAACCAAAUAAUAAAGUAACUAAUCAACAAGCCGUUCAACCAAAUAAUCAACAAGCCGUUCAACCAAAUAAUCAACCAGUUGCUCAACCAAAUAACCAACAAGUUACUCAACCAGUAGAAAAACAAAAACAGCCAAAUGAAAAGCAAAAUAAUGAACCAAAUAUUCAAAAAACUAACAACCAAAAUAGUCAAACACAAAGAGGUAAAGAGAUUAAAGACGUUAUUAACGAAGACGUUAGCAAAGUCUUACAACAAGCACAUCAAAUAGACUCACUUGCUCAAUCCCAAUAA